GUCGUCUUUUUCGUUUGAUUUUUAUUAUAAAAAAAUUAAAUUUAAUGUAGUUUUCAUCAACUUUUUAUCAACUUUUAAUUUAAAUUCAUAGCAAUAAAGUGAAUGAAUAGUUCAAAAUGACGAAAGUGAAUGUGAUUUUAAUGUUGAUAAUGAUUAAUUCCUAUACAAAGAUUUCUGGCGCCCAAAGUCUCGAUGUAAUCGAUUUUGAGAUGGUUCAACAAUUGUCUAAACAAAUUGGCGGAAAGUUGUUGGAUAUUGCAGAAACAGUAACGAAAAGAUCCGAAGUGCAAGAGAGCUUUUCGCAAGCAAAAGUCGUGAGCAAAAAUGGAAAGAAAAUUGUCGAGGAAAUUGCCAAAGAUUUACAUUCAUUACUUCAUUUAAGGAUAGAAGCCGUGAAGAGAAUAGCAUUGGAGGUUCAAAAGAUGCCAAAAGUUUCAGACAACGCGACAAUGUACGCUAAUUAUACAUUCCGUAAUAUACGGAAGCGUGAUAAGCACAAAAAGCAAAUUGAUGAGGAAAGAGAUGCUAGAAAUUUGCGUCUUGAACAAAUGUCACAGGAGCCAAAUUACACGAAAAAGAAAAAGCCAAAUUUUGAUGCUCCAGUUUGUAUUAAAUCAGACAUUAAAGAUCUAGAUGGUGAUGGAGAGGAUGACGAUGAUGAUGAUGAGAAAAUUUCAACAUUUAGUGAAGAUGUGGAUAUCAAGUCUAAAGAAGCUGGUGUUUUUGUACCACUCGAUGUUUAUGAUAAAGACAUCAACAUAACGAAAAUAAUUCAUCGCUCAAGAUCCAUCGACAAAGCAUUUGAGGCAAAUUACAAGGACGACCCAACAAUUGGAUGGCAAUAUUUUUGCAAUUCAUCGGGUCUCUUUCGUCACUAUCCAGCAACAAGUUGGGACUUUUAUCCUAUGAAUAUUUAUGACUGUCGAAUGAGACAUUGGUUCACAAAUGCUGCGACAUCAUCAAAAGAUAUUAUAAUUCUGAUUGAACAGUCUGGUUCGAUGGUCGGCACACGACUCGAUAUAGCCAUUGAUGUCGUGAGAAAUAUCCUUGAUACAUUAACAAUCAAUGAUUUUGUUAAUGUAUUCUCAUUCAAUGAUACAAUACGACCGAUUAUUGAGUGCAGAAACAUCAGUGACAAAUUAAUUCAAGCAACGAGCUCGAAUAUAUUCGAAUUGAAGCAAGCGCUGGGAAAUAUAGAAGCUGAAGAUCAAACGGAUCUAGCUGAAGCACUCAAUCAUACAUUUAAAUUGCUAAGUGAGACACGAGAGAAAGGGUCGCAUUGUAAUCAGGCAAUUAUGUUGAUUACAGAUGGCAUGGAAUAUAAUGAGACAAUUCAGACAAUUUUCAAGUCAAAUAAUUGGGAUAAAGGAAAUCCCGUACGAGUAUUUAGCUACUUAAUUGGUGAGAUGAUACCAGAGCAUGAUUAUGAGCAGGUUAAGCUCAUGGCAUGUGAGAAUCGUGGCUAUUAUGUGCAAAUCGAUACGAAGACAGAAACACGUGAACAAGUUUUGAAAUAUUUGCCAGUUAUGGCGAGACCAUUAGCAUUAAAUAGAACACAAAAUCCAAUUAUAUGGUCAGCUGUUUAUGCUGAUAUUAUGGACGCAUAUAGAAUAACAAAUUAUGAUUGGAAUUGCAAACAAAGAGAUAUGCAACGUGCUAGGAUGGUCGAUUACUUGAAAUUUUAUCAGUAUUAUCCAUGUAUCAGAGAAGAUGACGACGAUGAGGAUCCACCGCAUCGAAAAUAUGUCUUUAUGACAACAGUAGCAAUGCCAGCAUUUGAACAAGAUAGCAAAUCGUCAUCACUUCAUGGAGUUGUUGGUAUUGAUGUGCCUUUAUAUGAAUUCGAAAGACUGUUUCAACAAUUCCGUCUGGGCGUAAAUGGAUAUGCAUUUGUAAUAGACGAAAAUGGACACAUUUUUGCGCAUCCAGAUUUUCGACCAUUUUUUCAACAUGAGCUUCUUAAACCGUCAUUUAAUUCUGUCGAUAUGGUUGAAGUUGAGCUGAUUGAUGAUAGCAAGGGUGUCAGAGACUACAAUCCUGAACUGUUAGCUAUGAGAAAAUCAAUGAUUGAUAGCAACUCGGGCUCAAAUAUUCUGCCAAUCGUUCAGCAUUAUGAUGAUAUGCGUCGAGCCAUGAGAUUCAACCGUCAUUACUACUGGAAGAAAAUCGAUCAAACACCAUUUACAGUUGUCGUGACAUUUCCUGGUGACGCACAAAAUCAAAUUCAAAUUCCCGAGCAUGAAGCAAACGCAAUGAAAGGAAGUAAAUUGUUAUCGAAAUAUUUUCAAGGCAACUAUCGAUUACAUCCGGACUGGAUUUAUUGUCGAACGUUGAAGAAGAAUUUUGAGGAUAUAAAAUUGGGUCGAAUUGAUCCAGAUGAUUGUGAGAUGUCACCUGAGGAGGAGCUUGAAUAUUACUUUGAGAAAUUUGACAAAAGUGGAUGGAAAUGGAAGACAACAAGGAAUGAAAAGGGAGCUUACAAAUGUGACCAGAGGCUUGUACAGGCAUUGAUGUACGAUGCAAAAGCCACCGUAAAUUUUCCGAAUGAGCCUUCGAAAAAGUCAAAUGACUUUAGGACAAUUUUUAAGAAAUACAAGCUUUAUUCCUCUUUCAUAUCCACCCACAGUGGACUUUUAAGAUUCAAAAUUUUCGAAGAUGACGAGCUUGAGAAUAAAAAACUCAGUGAAGAGUUUGGAAAUAGCUUUAAAAACUCAAUCGAUGAGGAUUGGUAUAAGCAUACCGUAGAAUUUAAUCGGCAUGAAAAGUCAGACAAAAAAAGUUUCAUCUAUUCACUGCCAUUUGAUGCUCAAUAUCAAGAUAGACCAUUAAUCACAGUCACAUCGACUGUCUAUGCUACCGAUGGAGAUGAAAAUGCUCCAGUUGCGGUUGUGGGCUUUCAGUUUCCACAUGAGGAGCUUGAGAAUUUAUUUGGUGAUAAGUGUGCCCCACACGUCGAGCAAACAUGUUACAUCCUCGACCCAAAUGCCUACAUCAUUGCUGACUCGAGACGUGAGCAUAAAGGAAAAUUUUUCGGAUCCGUCGAAAAUAAAUUAAUGAAAACUUUAUGGGACGAUAAUAUCUACAAAUUUGUGACAGUUUACGAUUAUCAGGGUGUAUGCUACGAAGAUCGCAAUGUGGAAUAUGAAUUAUUAAUGAAUAUUGUAUCGAGUGCAACAACAAUAUUUUGGCAUCCACUAAAACAUUUAUGGACGACAUUCAUAGCUUUAUUAAUCUCGUUAAAAACUUUAAUUGUUUAUGCCGCCAGACAGUCUUAUAUACCCAAUCUUAUGUAUCCAGACCCUCAGUAUUAUUACGAAGACGAUAAGUCAUCAUUCUGUCCAUAUUUUGAAGAUGGCUCCUUCCAAAGAUGCCUAGCGGAAAAAGGUGUAACCGAGAAGGACAAUUCAACCGAUGAGUAUGAAGAGUGCUUAAAGAAUUUUACAAAACGUCACGACAAAUGCAGAGACGGAUUGCUAUGGUCGGAAUUCAUCCGCAAGCGACAUCUUAACAGAACGCGACCAAUAAAAUGUGAUAAAUUUAAUCAAGUAUUUGUGUUGAAUUUAGAUGCAAGCAAUUUUAGUCGGCCUUAUAAUAAAUGUGAGAGACCAUUUGUCGUUCAACGUAUAGCCAAUAGCAAUUUAAUUUUAUUGAUUAAAAAGAGUGAAUGUGAAAGAAAUGGUCAACCUUUUGAGUUUUUUGACGAGCCAUCGAAUGUAUCAAAUUAUACUGGUAUGGCGGGAUUAUUCUGCGAAAAAUUGCAAUCGUCUCUGUAUAGGAAGCACUCGAGGUCAUGCUUUACUCAUCAUGUUAAUGAACCAAAACAAAAAGAUAAGGAAGAUCGAACAUUCUGCGGACGCGCAAAUCGUAUAGAAAUGCAAGGAAAAAUUGUAAUAAUAAUUUCGUUAAUCUUAAUGAUGCUCAAACUUUUAUAAACAAAGGAACUAACUUAAUGCUGAAUAUUUAUUAUCGAAGACGAUUUAUAGGAAACCAAAAAUUUCUGUUUUUUUUUUUUUAAAUUGAAGGUGAAGAAGGGUUUAAAUAUUAAAACAAAAAUUUUUUUUUUUAAAAUAUUCGAACUUUAAAAU